CAACGACCACAUGCAGCCUCGCCCGAGAGGUUCGACGAACAACCCCGCCACCGACUAUUGGACGAUUGGAAGUUGGCUAAGGGGCGAACAUCAACCUGCUGCCCCCACUUACCAUCAGCCAUCAUUUUGGAUCGUGAUACGAAAUUCACCAGCAACUUCUGGCGCAACAUGUGGGACUAGUUUGGUAUGCGCCUACAGUUCUCCUCUGCCUAUCACCCCCGAAACUGACGGUCAGACCGAGCGAGCCAAUCACACAAUGGAGCAGCUGAUUUGCGCCACUUGCGAUGACGUGGCCGACUGGGAGCAGCAACUGCCACUGAUUGAGUUCGCGUAUAACAACGCCUUGUCUCCACUACCCCACAGUCACCGUUUUAUCUGAAUUACGGGCAAAACCCUACAUUACCC